CUAGCGCGGGGAUGAUUAGGAUUUUCCCGGAUUUCAGUGUACAAGUAACGGCAGCAACUGGUGGAGGCGGUGGUGCGGUUACUGCUGCACCUGGUGUAGGGAGAACUGCUGCUAAUGGGACACCCCAGAACGUAGGGCUGACAUCGUACCAACAACGAGGACCUUCAUUCUGCUACCAAGCUUCAGUCAUGCCAAGUUUACAAGCCUUGCGAAAGGAGAAAUCUCGAGAUGCUGCUCGAUCACGCCGUGGAAAAGAAAACUUUGAGUUCUAUGAGUUGGCAAAAUUAUUGCCUCUCCCUGCAGCCAUCACAAGCCAAUUAGAUAAAGCAUCAAUAAUUCGCCUCACCAUUAGUUACUUGAAAAUGAGGGACUUUGCAAAUCUAGGUGACCCCCCCUGGAAUUUGAGAAUGGAGGGUCCCCCACCUAACACAUCUGUGAAAGCUUUAGGAACACAGCGCAGAAGAAGUCCAAGCUCCGUGGCCAUUAAUGUGUUUGAACAGAAUUUGGGAAGCCAUAUUCUUCAGUCUCUGGAUGGAUUUGUAUUUGCAUUAAAUCAAGAAGGAAAAUUUUUAUACAUCUCUGAAACUGUCUCCAUAUAUUUGGGUCUGUCACAGGUGGAACUGACAGGCAGCAGUGUGUUUGAUUAUGUCCACCCUGGAGACCAUGUGGAGAUGGCAGAGCAGCUGGGCAUGAAACUUCCCCCAGGGCGAGGCAUUCUCUCACAGGGUACCGCAGAGGAUGGAGCCAGCUCAGCAUCUUCGUCCUCACAGUCUGAGACCCCUGAGCCAGUAGAAUCCACUAGCCCAACUUUGCUGACUAUUGACAAUAGCUUGGAGCGAUCAUUUUUUAUAAGAAUGAAGUCAACACUGACAAAGAGAGGAGUUCAUAUCAAAUCAUCGGGCUAUAAGGUCAUUCAUAUAACUGGACGGUUACGGUUGAGAGUAUCUCUUUCACAUGGACGUGUGCUGCCUACUCAAAUUAUAGGUCUAGUCGUUGUGGCUCAUGCUUUGCCGCCUCCCACUAUUAAUGAAGUCAGGAUUGACUGUCAAAUGUUUGUCACCAGAGUAAAUAUGGACCUCAAUAUUGUUUACUGUGAAAAUCGGAUUAGUGACUAUAUGGAUCUAACUCCUGUAGAUAUUGUGGGCAAACGAUGCUAUUACUUCAUUCAUGCUGAGGAUGUUGAAGGGAUCAGGCACAGCCACUUGGAUUUAUUGAAUAAAGGCCAAUGUGUAACUAAGUACUAUCGCUGGCUGCAGAAAAAUGGAGGCUAUAUUUGGAUUCAGUCCAGUGCCACUAUUGCAUUCAAUGCAAAAAAUGCCACUGAAAAAAAUGUCAUCUGGGUCAAUUAUGUUCUCAGUGAUUUUGAGUAUAAGGAUGUCCCAAUGGAUAUUGCACAGCUUCCUAAUCUUCCUGAGAAAACCUCUGAAUCUUCCGAGACUUCUGAUUCUGAAUCUGAUUCAAAAGAAAACUCAGAUGACAAUGAGAAUUCCAAGUCAGAUGAGAAGGGCAACCAGUCUGAAAACAGUGAUGAUCCAGAGCCAGACAGGAAGAAGCAGUCUGGGAACCACUCAGAUCAUGAAAUGAACUGCAAUGAUGAUGACAAUAGCUCUAGCAACCAGGACAGCAGGGACAGCGAUGAUAGCUUUGAAAAUUCAGACUUUGAGAGUCAGAAAGCAGCUGAGGACAGUUUUGGCACUUUUGGUUCUAUGCAGAUCAAAGUAGAACGAUAUGCAGGCAGCGAAUCGGAGAUGCAGUUGCCAAACCGUGAAUCAGUGACCUCAGACAGUGCCAAGGAUUCAGAUAGUGCAGGAGAAGUGACCAUCCAGUCUUCCAGCAAGCACCAGAAGAGAAAGAAGAGGAGAAAAAAACAAAAAGGAGGCAGUGUUACACGUAGAAGGCUGUCAAGUGCUUCGAGCCCGAGUGGACUUGACUCAAACAUAGUAGACCAGCCUCAACUGCUGUCCUCACCAAACAGUGCCUCUGUGCUUAAAAUUAAAACAGAAAUAACAGAACCUAUAAAUUUUGAUAAUGAUAGCAGUAUUUGGAAUUACCCUCCUAAUAGAGAGAUCUCAAGGAAUGAAUCCCCUUAUAGCAUGACCAAGCCCCCGAGCUCUGAGCACUUCCCCUCUCCACAGGCCAACACUAGUUUACAUGUCACUAUUCCAGACUCUGUACUUACCCCGCCAGGGACUGAAAAUACUGCCAAUCGUAAAACUCAGUUUAGCACCUCAUCCAACACUACCUUAGUUCCUGUCACAGAUCCUCUGUCUCCUCCUCUGUCAACCUCCCCACGAGACAAGCAUCUCAGCAGCACCAGUACCACUAGUUCUGUGCUUUACACCAGUGACCUAGAAACGCUGCAGAGGUUACAGGCUGGUAAUGUGGUGCUUCCCCUAGUUCAUAGGGUAACAGGAACUCUAGCUGCCACCAGCACUACUCCUCAGAGGGUCUAUACUACUGGCACCAUUCGGUAUGCCCCAGCUGAGGUGACCUUUGCCAUGCAGGGCAACUUGCUGCCUAACACUCAUGCUGUCAACUUUGUUGAUGUUAACAGUUCUAGUUUUGGGUUAGAGCCCAAGACACCUAUGGAAAUGCUUUAUCACCAUGUACAUCGAAUUAACAUGUCAGGGCCAUUCGGGAGCACUGUGAGUGGGGCCAGUCUGGCCCAAAUGCCUGCAGGGAAUGUGUUCACAACAGCAGAGGGACUCUUUUCCACACUUCCGUUUCCUGUGUAUAGUAAUGGCGUUCACACCACACAAUCAUUGGAACGUAAAGAGGAUUAA